AUGGGGAAGCUCCGGCAUCCACCCCACGGAGACCUCCGAGAGGGAGCCCUGUUGCAUGUGGAGGGACUCGCUUUGCGGGGGGGGGAAACGUGCCACCUUGGCUCACCCCAUUCAUGGAUCCUCGCUUCUCCUCUUUCUCUCCAGUGCAGGAUGGAAUGCAAGGACGUCUCGGCGGAAACGCUCUACGACGUCCUCCAUGACCUCGAGUAUCGGAAGAAGUGGGACGCCAACGUCAUCGAGACCUUCGACAUCGGGAAGCUGACGGUCAACGCUGACGUGGGUUACUACUCCUGGAAAUGCCCCAAACCCUUGAAGAACCGUGACGUCAUCACGCUGCGUUCCUGGCUGCCCAUGGGGAACGAUUUCAUCAUCAUGAACUAUUCCGUCAAGCAUCCUGUGAGCACCGGGGUCCUUUCUGGGCAGGGGAAGACGGGGCACAUCAUAAUCCGGGGAGGAGCCAAGAACUGCACCCUCACCUACCUUGCGCAGGUAGACCCCAAAGGUUCCUUGCCGAAAUGGGUGGUGAAUAAGUCCUCUCAGUUCCUGGCUCCCAAGGCAAUGAAGAAGAUGUACAAGGCGUGCGUCAAGUAUCCCGACUGGAAGCAGAAGCACAGCCCGCAUUUCAAGCCUUGGCUGUAUCCGGAGCAGAACACCCUGGCCAGCGUGGCCCUCUCCGAGCUGGCCAUCCAGCACGCCGACUCCCUCGAGAACAUUGACGAAAGCAGCCUCUCCGAGACCAAAGACGACCGGGGCGAAGGCAGCGACGAGGACAGCGUGAACUGAGCGGACGCCCCCUCCCCCUCCGUCUCCCUCCCUCCCUCCUGCAGCCCCCGAAGACGACCAUGGCUGUGUGUUUCCACCACAUCCAAACCCGCCUGGGCUUCUUCUUUUUGUCUCUGUAAGCAAUGCCGCUUGUGUUCGGAGGGGGAGAAGGGGGAAGAGCCCCCUCUUCCACAUCCACACCCACCCCGCGGUGUCAGAGUGGCAGGGGCAAACGGGCAGGCGCUCCCCUUCCCAGGGCCCGUGAGUUGGAAGGGUGGGAAGAAGCAGCAAGUUGGAUCUUGCAAAUAAAAGUGUCCUGCCCUCGA